AUGCGGCCGGGGGGCGCGCUGCUCGCCCUGCUCGCCAGCCUGCUGCUGCUGCUGCUGCUGCGCCUGCUCUGGUGCCCGAACUACGCGCCCGCCGCCUCCAGGCUCUCGGUGGAGGAAAGCAGGGAGGCCACCCACGGCACCCCCGCGGCGCUGAGGACCCUCCGGAGCCCCGCGACCCCGGCACCGCCCACCACGAACAGGUAUUCGGAAAAUGACUACCUUCACAUUAUCGCAAACAUACAGAGCUGUCCAUGGAAACGACAAGCAGAAGAAUACGCAAAUUUUAGAGCGAAACUUGCUUCCUGUUGUGAUGCUGUUCAAAACUUUGUUGUUUCUCAAAAUAAUACUCCGGUUGGGACUAAUAUGAGUUAUGAGGUGGAAAGCAAAAAACAAAUCCCAAUUAGAGAGAACAUUUUUCGUAUGUUUCCAGUGUCGCAGCCUUUUGUGGGGUACCCUUAUAAUCAGUGUGCAGUGGUUGGAAAUGGGGGGAUUCUCAAUAAGUCUCUCUGCGGAGCUGAAAUAGACAAAUCCGACUUCGUUUUUAGAUGUAACCUCCCCCCAACCACAGGAGAUGUUAGUAAAGAUGUUGGAAGCAAAACAAAUCUUGUGACUGUCAAUCCCAGUAUCAUAACGCUAAAAUAUGGGAACUUAAAGGAAAAGAAAGCAGUAUUUCUGGAGGACAUUGCAACCUAUGGAGACGCAUUUCUUCUUCUGCCAGCAUUUUCUUUUAGGGCCAACACUGGUACCUCUUUUAAAGUGUACUACACACUCAGAGACUCUAAAGCAAGACAAAAGGUUCUGUUUUUCCAUCCCAAGUACCUGAAACAUCUGGCCCUUUUCUGGAGAACUAAAGGUGUGACCGCGUACCGCUUGUCCACCGGUUUGAUGAUCGCGAGUGUCGCAGUGGAACUGUGUGAAAAUGUGAAGCUUUAUGGAUUUUGGCCCUUCUCUAAAACUGUAGAAGACACACCUGUCAGCCAUCACUACUAUGACAACACGUUACCUAAACGCGGUUUCCAUCAGAUGCCCAAAGAAUAUAGGCAGAUCCUCCAACUGCAUGUCAAAGGAAUCCUCAAACUACAAUUUAGCAAAUGUGAAAUAGCCUAA